AUGAUGAAAGGGUUUAAAAAUAGAUUGACUCGAAAUAAGAGUCAAUCUUCUACUAAGAAAACUGAUAAAAAGGAUAAAGAUAAAGAAAAAAGAUCCAGUUCACCAUCUUCAUCAGUUUCAACAAAUUCAAGUUCUUCAAAUAGCAAUAAUAAUAGUAAUAAUCAAAACAAUCAAACAAGUCAAAGUUCAAAGAAUUUGCUUUCUUCAGCUAGUUCAACUUCAUUAAAAUCUAAUUCACCAAGUCCAUCUAGAAAUAAUAGUGCAAAUAGUGCUAUAUCAAUUAAAUCAACAAAUAGUAAUACAACAAUGAAUUCUGUAAAUUCUCCUCAUGGUCUGCCAACUACUGAUUCACCAAGAAUAGUUAUACAGGAUGAUAAUAAUUAUAAUAAUUUUAAUAAUAAUAAUCAUAAUGAUGUAUUUGGAUCACCUAGUCAACAAUCUUCAAAUAGUUCUGGGGUAUUACCGGGAGGACCAAUUUUAGCUACAGGUCCAUCAUCAGCAGCAAAUUUAAACUCAAACACAGGUAUAACACCAACUACAAUGCCUUCGAUUGUUACACCAAAUUCAAGCAGUUCUGCUGCCAAUGUAUCAUUCGGAUCAUCAACAACUCAACCUGUGACACCGACACCAACAUCACCAAAUAGUUCAUCAACUUCAUUUGAAAAAGCUCAUCAUAGUCAACAUGGAGCACAAUCACAUUAUAAUCAAUUAAAUCCAAAUAUCUCAUCACCGGGGAAAGAAUCUUUCGAUAUAGAUUUAAUAGUAACACCAAAAAGACAUUCAUCAUCAAGAUUUGAACCAACUAGUUCAGAUAAAUAUCAAGAGAUUAAUAAAUUACCAAAUUUUGAUGAAGUAUUACCAGAAGAACAAAUUAAUUUAUUUAUACAAAAGAUUGAUCAAUGUAAUAUAAUGUUCGAUUUCAAUGAUCCAACUUUUGAUAUAAGAGGUAAAGAAAUAAAAAGAAUGACAUUACAAGAAUUAAUUGCAUUUAUAUCGAACAACAGAUUCUCAUAUACUGAUGAAAUGUAUAAACAUGUUGUAACAAUGUUCAAGAAAAAUUUAUUUCGUCCAAUUCCACCUCCUGUGAAUCCGAUAGGAGAUGUUUAUGAUCCAGAUGAAGAUGAACCAGUAAGUGAAUUAGCAUGGCCUCAUAUGCAAGCUAUUUAUGAAUUUUUUUUAAGAUUUAUUGAAUCACCAGAUUUUCAACACCAAAUUGCAAAACAAUAUAUAGAUCAUGAAUUUAUUUUGAGAAUACUAGAGUUAUUUGAUAGUGAAGAUCCAAGAGAAAGAGAUUGUUUGAAAACAACAUUACAUAGAAUUUAUGGAAAAUUCUUAAGUUUAAGAAGUUUUAUUAGAAAAUCAAUUAAUAAUGUAUUUUUACAAUUUGUCUAUGAGACUGAGAGAUUUAAUGGAGUUGGAGAACUAUUAGAAAUAUUAGGGUCUAUUAUCAAUGGGUUUGCAUUACCUUUAAAAGAAGAACAUAAAAUCUUUUUAGUUAGAAUUUUAAUACCGUUGCACAAGGUUAAAUGUUUAAGUUUAUAUCAUCCACAAUUAGCUUAUUGUAUUGUCCAAUUUUUGGAGAAAGAUCCAUCAUUAACUGAAGAUGUUAUAAUGGGAUUAUUGAGAUAUUGGCCAAAGAUCAAUAGUCCCAAAGAAGUCAUGUUUUUAAAUGAAAUAGAAGACAUAUUUGAAGUAAUGGAACCAAAUGAAUUUGUCAAGAUUCAAAUUCCAUUAUUUGCUCAAUUAUCAAAAUGUAUAAGUUCACCACAUUUUCAAGUUAGUGAGAAAGUUAUGAGUUAUUGGUCAAAUGAAUAUUUUUUAACUUUAAUUACUGAAAAUGCAGAAGUUGUAUUACCAAUAAUAUUUGCAUCCUUAUAUGAAUUGACUAAUUCUUCACAACCAGGGAUUGAAAAUGGUAUAAUGCAACAAAAAUUACAACAUUUCCCAAAUGCUACAGUAGAUGCAAAUGGAAAUUUAAUAGAUGGUGGUUUAGUCCUACAAGACAUACAACAAGGUAUAAUCCCAAGUGCAAAUGAUCCAAGUCAUCCUCAUCAUAAUAUUUUCCAAGUACAUGCAUCUGUAAAUAAUAACAACAACAAUAAUAAUGGUAAUAAUACCAACCACAAUGAAUACAACGAUGGCGAAAAUGAUAUACAAAUGACAAUGAAUGGUGAGCACAAUCCUCAUCAUCACACACAUACUGACUUAAAUGGUAAUGAGUUGUCAGAUGAAGAAUAUUAUGAUCUGUUUAGUUCAAUGCAAGCAGGUAAUUUAAAUUCUGGAAAUACAAAUAAUUCUUCAACAAAUUCAGAUUCAACAAAUCCAUUAGGUGAUGAAUUUGGUCCAGGUUUCGAUGAUGAUAAUAGUAUGUUACAGCAUAAUUCUGCAACUUGUACUUGGAAUAGAUCAUUACAUUCAUUAGCUUAUGGAGCAUUAAAAGUUUUCAUGGAUCAUAAUCCAAUACUUUACGAUCAUUGUGUCUUGUUAUACCAUCAAUCAGUAACUGAACGUCAAGAAAGAGAAGAGUUAAGAAAAAAGAAUUGGGUUAAGUUGGAGUCUUAUGUAAAACAAAUAAAGCAACAACAACUGCACCAACAAACAUACUAA